UCUCUACUGCUUCUUUCAACAAGUAAACAAGAUAGAAAUGUAACUACAAAUAAAAAUUAAAAAAAUUGUACAAAAAAGUGAAAAUUAUUGAUAAUUGUGUUAAUGACGUUAUAUGUGCAAAAGUGACACAGAAGAGAGAUGAUCACCAUGACUAACACUGCGUCGCUAAUUUAAAUGGAUAACUGCAAAAGCAGCCACAAUAACAACAAUGCAGCUACAAAAACAACAACGACAACUAGAAAAAAAUCUGCUGAUAACGAUGAAAAACUACUGCAAUUGUAUGCAACGAUUAAAAGACAACAAAUAAAAGUAAAACGGAAGAUUGGGAAACGGGAGACAAAGAAGAGCACUUCUACACACACAAACAAACACACACUCACUUGUAUAGUGAACAUUUUUUGUUAGUUUUAUAAGCUAAACACACAACUCGGACGCAUUCUUAUCAAUCAAACGAUCAAGCUGGCGUCCUGCACCAUGCCUCCCCAACAGCAGCCAACACACAUUGGCCAAACCAUGUUCUCAAUAUAUCUGUGGAAAAACGAUCCUCCGGAUAUUGUGGUGCUCACCUGCCUCAUACCCAAUGGCCUGGUCAUGCAUUUGUCAGUCAAUUCGACGGCCACCAUACGCGAGGUCAAAGCAGAGAUGGUGGCACAGGCGAAGACUCGCUCAAUGGGUUAUUUGAUUAAGGAACCCUGCGAUUAUUUGCUCUAUGGCAUUGCACACUAUAAUAUUGAACCUUAUACGGAUGAAACGAAACGCUUGAACGAAGUUCAGCCCUAUUUUGGUAUCUUGAGCCUCGGGGAACGGACUGAUACCACCAGCUUCUCUAGCGACUAUGAGCUGACCAAAAUGGUCAGCGAUAUCAUUGGCAAGUCGUAUGAUCAUCAGAGCACACAAGGCACCCCAGAAGUGGAUCAUUUUCGAAGCAAAAUUACGGAAAUCUGCGAUGACAUCAAGCUGGAACGUUCCAAGUACACGUGGCAACAGCGUUUGCUCUACGAGCAUCCUCUGCGUUUGGCCAACUCCACAGCAAUGCCGGAGUUGAUCCGUCAACGACAUCCUACGUCGGCGUUUCUGAUUGUAGUGAAGAAUGAGAAUGAUCAGAGCACAUUUACGCUGUCAGUGCUGGAGCAUGAUACGCCGCUGCAGCUGAUUGAGAAUACGCUGCAGAAGAUGAAUCGAUCGCAAAUGAAGAUGAAUGAUCGCGCCACCGACUACAUACUCAAGGUGAGCGGUCGCGAUGAGUAUCUGUUCGGAGAUCAUCCGCUGAUACAGUUCCUCUACAUCCAAGAGACGCUCUCGGAUGCCGCCGUGCCCAACGCUGUGUUGCGUUCGGUUAUGCGUCUCGAGUCCUACAUCAAUCAUUACAACGAUCAAAGUUUGGCGCUUAAACGACCCCCGAAACCGGAACGCCAACCAACGGUGGCGUUAACGAAAACGCCGACCACAUUGUGGGAUUUGGAGAAACGCAAUUUCUCAUUGACGCUGCACGGCAUCACCAAUGUGAAUUUUGAUCGGGUGCGCGCCUUUAAAGUUGGCGUACGUGUUGGACUCUAUCAUGGCGAGCUGAAGUUGUGCAAACAUUGCAGCAUCGAUGCACCCAGCUCAGGAAAUUCACCUGAUUUUCAUUUUGAGCAUGUGCUGGAUUUUGAUAUGCAGAUGAGCAUGUUGCCGCGCAUGACACGGCUGUGCAUUGUCAUCUACGAGGUGACGAAGAUGUCGCGCUCGAAGAAAUCAUCGAAUAACAGCAGCACCCUUAAGGACAUCUCCUACAAUAAUAAUCCCUUGGCAUGGGUGAACACCACACUCUUUGAUUUCAAGAAUCAAUUGCAUCAUGGUAGACAUACGCUGUACACUUGGACUUAUGCCGAUGAUAUCCAAUUGGAUGAGGUACUGCAUCCUCUGGGCACCGUUGAGUCCAAUCCCCGCAAAGACGGUUGCGCUGUGGUGCAUCUCACAUUCCAUCAUGGUAGCGGCAGCGAACAAAUCUGCUAUCCCAGUGAGGAUGAGGUGCUGCAAUAUGCCGCCGAUCGUGCGCGUGCCCGACGCGAUCGUCAACAACUCCAAAUGUUGGAGCCGGAGCAGCCGCAUCAGAGUUUGCGUGAGCUGUUGGACAACUACAAGGGCAAGGACAAGAUUGACGAGAUGUUCGACCAGGAUCGCAAUGCCAUGUGGGAGCGCAGAAAUGACUUCUUGCGCGAGUGUCCCGAGGAGCUGUCGGUGCUGCUACACUGCGUCUACUGGAAGGAACGCGAUAAUGUGGCCGAUAUUUGGUAUCUUCUCAAGCUGUGGCCCUUAAUUUCCAUCGAACGUUCACUUGAGCUCCUCGACUACGCUUAUCCCGAUCCAGCAGUGCGUCGAUUCGCCAUCAAAUGUCUGAGUUUGCUAAAGGACGAGGAGCUAUUGCUGUAUCUGUUGCAGCUAGUGCAGGCCAUUAAACACGAAUCCUAUCUAGAAAACGACCUGGUCAUAUUCCUAUUGGAGCGAGCCUUGCGCAAUCAGCGCAUUGGACAUUAUUUCUUUUGGCAUCUGCGUUCCGAAAUGCAAACACCUUGCAUGCAAACGCGCUUCGGUUUACUGUUGGAAGCUUAUCUUAAGGGUUGCAAGCAACAUGUGAAGCCACUGCGCAAACAGCUCGAAGUGCUGGAUAAACUGAAGAUGGGCUCGGUGUUAGCCAAAAAGGGAAGCAAAGAGAAAGUGCGGACGCAACUGCAAAAGUUCUUGCAUAAUGAGCACAACAACGGUGUCUUCCAGAACAUUAAAAACCCCUUGAAUCCGAGCUUUAGAUGCAGUCGUGUUACACCCGAUAAGUGCAAGGUGAUGGACAGCAAAAUGAGACCACUGCUGGUCGUUUUUGAAAACGUGGAUCAGACGGCAAGCGAUGUGUAUAUUAUCUUUAAAAAUGGUGACGAUCUUCGACAGGAUAUGUUGACUCUUCAAAUGCUGCGCGUAAUGGAUCAGCUGUGGAAGCGCGAAGGCAUGGACUUGCGCAUGAGCAUUUACAACUGCAUUAGCAUGGAGCAGAGAUUGGGCAUGAUUGAGGUCGUACGCUAUGCGGAGACAAUUGCCAAUAUACAAAAGGAGAAGGGCAUGUUCUCGGCGACGUCGCCCUUCAAGAAGGGCUCGCUUUACAGCUGGCUGAAGGAGCACAACAAGGCGCCCGAGAAACUGAACAAGGCCAUCAAGGAGUUUACGCUCAGCUGUGCUGGCUAUUGUGUUGCCACCUACGUGCUGGGCGUGGCCGAUCGACAUUCUGACAAUAUAAUGGUCAAACGCAAUGGACAGCUCUUCCAUAUCGAUUUUGGCCACAUUCUUGGACAUUUUAAGGAGAAGUUUGGUGUGCGCCGCGAGCGCGUUCCCUUUGUGCUAACCCACGAUUUCGUCUAUGUUAUUAACAAAGGCUGCAUCGAUCGAGAAGCCAAAGAGUUUUGUUACUUUCAGAAAUUGUGCGAGCGCGCAUUUUUAACUUUACGCAAACACGGUUGCCUUAUCUUAUCGUUGUUCUCAAUGAUGAUUUCAACGGGAUUGCCGGAAUUGUCCUCCAAAAAGGAUCUGAACUAUUUACGUGAGACUUUGGUGCUGGACUACACGGAGGACGAGGCGCGCGAACAUUUCCAGGCGAAAUUCAGCGAAGCGUUGGCCAAUUCAUGGAAGACUUCACUAAAUUGGGCGUCGCACAAUUUCUCUAAGAACAACAAACAGUGAAAGACUACUAAAUAAGCAACAACAACAUACAAUUAAAUGCGAGAUAAAUCCAUACACACACACAUACACAGACUCCCAUAUAUAAUCCGCAGAUACUGUUACCUUUCUGUCUACAAUUUCUGUGUUUCCGUUUUUUCCGGACGAGGCGUAGUACAAUUUUUUAUAUAAUACAUACAACCGAGUUCAAAACUAUGUGUUCACUAAGUUAGGUCAAGAUACUCACACAACCCCCCCCACACACACACACAUGCAAGCACACCCACUUAUACUAUUACAUAUGCAUAGAUAUAACCAGCCGAAAAGUCACAGUCGUCCCCUUCACAAAAAAGUGCUCCAAUAUUUUUUUCAUGUUGUGUUCUUGUAUGUACAUUUGUUUUUCGUAAUGUUCAUUUGCUAGAAAAGUUGUACAAAUGUUUUUUCCUAAUUUAGUUUGGUUCUUUUGUUGCUUACAUUGAAAACAAACAAACAAAACACUUUCCCAUUUUGAUUUGUUAUUUUGUUGCUUAGAUUGAAGACAAACAAGCAAAUCGUAUCCCUAUUUUGAUUUGUUGCUUACUUUAAAAACAAACAAAUCAUCCCCACUUGCACACACACUCACCUCUACAAAUUGUAAUUGAAUGAAUCCUAUUAUUAUAUAUAUUUAAUUUAAGUAA